CACAAACGCUCCUGUUGCUGCUUGAAAAAUAUCUGUGAGUAAUUAUUAACGUAUUGUUUUUUUCCUAAGUACCGCGGUGCCCAUGUGUGGGCUGAAAAAUCGCUUUUAUCAGUGUGUAGGAAGAGGUUGUAGUGAAGCAGAAACACGAAAGUCGAGCGCGUGCUGGCGUUUCCAGUGAAGCGCGAGCCACUUUACUGCCAUGCUGCAUCACCUGGAUAUAUGUAUAUAUUUUUUUUUCAAUCCCUUGUCCUUUUUCAAUAUAUUGAAAUUCAAUUAGUUCAUGGGCAACAUCUCUGGAACACAUUAUGGAUUAAAGACGGACACCAAACGAGCUCUGAGGACCAACUAUUAUUAUAAAUACAGAGAUAUUUACAAACAUUUCUUUUUUGCACGCGCAGCGCCCAAACGCGCAUUUCCCCUAAUUUCAAUCAGCGUCUUAUUGCGAUGCUAAAGCAGUAAAGAACGACAACGGAGCUCAGAUGACUUUCAUGCAUUUUUUGGAUCACGUUUGCGUUUGCUGAAAGAGAAGAGUACAGAAAAGAAAGAAAAGAGCGGAAAAGAAAGCAAGAAGAUCAUGAAGAUGUCUCCUCCCGACCGAAGGAAAAGCAUGCGCGAGCUGGCGCUGGAGAUCGGAAUCCGAGUGCUACUCUUCGGAGUUUUCGUGUUCACGGAGUUCCUGGAGCCAUUUGAAAGAGUUAUUCAGCCAGAAGAGCUGUGGCUCUACAAGAACCCUUUGGUAGAAUCAGACCUCAUCCCCAAGAGAGUCAUGUUUGCUAUAUCAUUCCUGACCCCUCUGGCUGUGAUCUUCGUGGUGAAGAUUAUCCGACGAACAGACAAGACCGAAAUCAAAGAGGCAUGUUUGGCUGUGUCUCUCGCACUAGCGCUUAACGGCGUCUUCACAAACACCAUUAAGUUGAUAGUUGGCAGACCAAGACCAGAUUACUUUCACCGCUGCUUUCCAGACGGCCAGAUGAACCCGAAAAUGCUGUGCACAGGAGAGCCGGGCCUGGUGUCUGAGGGCCGGAAGAGUUUUCCCAGCAGCCACUCCUCCUUCGCUUUCUCUGGCCUGGGCUUCACCUCCUUCUACUUGGCGGGGAAGCUGCAUUGUUUCACCGAGAGUGGCCGUGGACGCAGCUGGCGCCUCUGUGCCAUGAUCCUGCCCCUCUACAGCGCAAUGAUGAUCGCUCUGUCCCGCACCUGUGACUACAAACAUCACUGGCAAGACGCCUUUGUCGGCGGUGUUAUCGGCCUGCUGUUCGCCUACAUCUGCUACCGGCAGCACUACCCACCGUUUCUCCACACAGACUGCCACCUGCCUUAUGCCAGCCUGGCCCUGAGCACCGCCCGACACGCGCCAGUCUCCCAGGAGGUGCCUCAAGCCACGGACAAUGCCACCAGCCUGCCUCUGGAGGGCAUCACCGAGGGGCCCGUAUGACUAACGGAGCUCCCCUCCUUCACCGCCCGCUUGGUAUGACCCACACAGACUGGCUGACUCUUGUACAUUCCAGUGGGUCGUCCAGUUCCUGUUCAUUUUAUCCUUCACUGCUCCUCUUUUCUUUUCCGGCCUUGUGAUUAGUACUGAUUUUACCAGCCUCAUUUGGGAUACCUUUCCGCUCACUAUACUUGUCAAUGGUGAAUGUAGACCAUAUCUGUGUAGCAGGAAUGAGAGAGUAGAAACGAGAGAGGAGGACUCGUAGUUAUAAAUUGAGAAGAUUAAUGAUAGCACAACACUGAGGCAAAGUCCAGCAUGGUGUAUUUUACUGUUAUAGAUAUGGAAAUGUUUAAAGAUAUGUACUGUAUAAUAGGGAUUGGUUUGAGGGAAUAGAAUUGUAAUAUAAGUGUCUAUUUUGAUCUUUUCAUUUUAAUUCUCACUUGUAUUUAAAAAAAAAAUAUAUAUAUAUAUAUAUAUAUAUAUGAUAGAGAGAGAAAGAAUAAGGAGGUCUUUUUCCAAUAUCUUGAGCAAGUCCUUCACCUCUUUUUGUUAUUUUUCUUAUUUUUUGUCAAACACGCCUUGCUCAGCAUUCAGUACUUCCCUAGUUCUUUAUUCUAUUCCCCUCCUCACUCGAGACUCUGUCUCUAUUCUUCACAAUUUCUUAGUGGCAGUGGUGCCACAAUGUCUCUGUCUCUCUGCCUCGUUCUUAUUUUCUCCAUCGUCUUUCUCCUGAUCUUCCUUAUUAUCUUAUUUCGUCGUUCGCCUCCACAGUUUCCUUUUAUUUAUCAUGCCAGGAUUGCGUAGAUAUUUGAAUACAAAUGACAGCUAAACACUGGAUGGCUGAUAUCAAGUAGGUGGGGUGUGUGUGUGUGUGUGUGUGUGGAAGGGCGAAAACCCCAAUCUGAACCUGCAUUAAUUUCCAUUAUGUGAGGAGUGGCUGCCACUGUUAAUCAACACAUCAGAGCAGAAGGGGAAAAGGAAGCUUCCAAUGUCUUACUUAGUCACAAGUGUGUUCCCUGGGCUGCCUGUGACCCGCCACAAUCAAACCCCUAAUGGGAUUAUUCAUUAACAUGCCAGUAAGUACUUGUGACUUAAUGGAACUGACUGUGGUGAUUGAACUGGAUGAAGUGUUUUAUUUCAUCCCUCAGAAGCUCACACUGGUGUCUGACAAGAAAAUACUAAAAUGACUUUACAUCUACAUCGUCUUGUUGGUCAGCUGCCGUGCUUUACUACAGUGUAUUUCCUGGUUGUGUUAGGAAGUAAGUGUUGUUACUUUUGGGAAUGCUGAUCAUACUUAGCUGUUCACCUGUUUUGGGGGCUUUCAUGCUGGUAGUUCAUUCUGAAGCAGAGUACGAGUCACAUGAAAAAUUUGGUAACGUGAACGCCGUCAUGUGGACUGGGACGCGCAACAUGGUACCGAACCUGAGACUACCUGUCAGAGCUGGGUUGCACUAAAAUUGCUUCACGUGACAGUGAAUGCAACUCAUACUAGGGUCUGAACUGGUUCAAAUAGUAUAGUAACCUCUGUGUGUGUGUUUUGGCUGAUGACAGCAUCAUUAGUUUCUACUAUACACAUAAAGCAGGGGAAUGUUGUGAGAUACAGAAGAGGUAUCUUACUGUGCAUAACAGCACCAGAAUAAGAACACUUGUGUUGUAUUCUGAACACGUAAGUUGUGAUGACGUAAGAUAAACACAGGGGUUCGAUAGAAUCAAGUGAGUCACAAUCGCACUCAGAUUUGGACCACAGCCAGUGUGUGCAGUGUGAAAACCACCCAAGAGGGCAAUAAAGCCAGCCCAUGAACAUUCACAAGCAUUAAGGGGGGAAAAGUCGUCUGUUAUAACGGACGUGCAGCUGCUUUUUCCCCUCUGUAUGGUGCGCAUGGUACUCAGCUUCUCAUUUGACUUUAUACAAAAGACUUUUUUAAAUUUUCAUAUUUGAUACUUUUUUGUGUAUAUUUAAUCGUUGCUGUCAUCUCAUUCAAUGUUGUUUGACAUUUGCAAUUGUUUUUGGUGCAUCCCUGAGAGAAACUGAUAACGAUAGAGCUGUUUAAUGUUAAAUAAGCCAUCGAUAGAUUUUUAUUUUGCUUUAAAGAACUCAACAAUAGUUUGUUACCUUAACAGAAUGUGAGGUCACAUCUUCAAGCUCGAAACUGAAAGGGAAAGGAAACACCGGAUUUACUUAUGUGAGAUGAAGGAGGGGGACGGGGCUUUCGGGGGGGACGGGUUGUAAAUAUCACAGCGUUCAAAAUGCCAGCAAUUCUUAAUCAUAUGUUGAGUGGCUGUGCUGUCAUUGGUGAGGAGGGAAAAAAAAGAACAUGAAAACCACUUACAACCACACACCCAAGCCUGACCAAAAGCAGGCAGUGUUACUUCUGAAAGCCUGUAUGCAUUAGAGACAUGAGUUUGACCGCCUCUGUUCUCUGGCUUUUACAGAGUUAACCUCAUGCAACUGCUCUAUUUAUUUCUCUGUUACAAAUGAGAAUAUGCAAACAGAAAAACUAGAGCUAUGCACCACAGGUUUGUUAACGUAUAGCUCUGUUCACUGACAAGCAUCUGUGGGCGUUUCGAAGGAUUUUAAUUAACUUUGCUGUCAGGUUUUUUUUGAAAAAAGAAAUGGGUUUGUGCAGUGUAUUGGCUAAAACGGUGCAAUAUUGCUGCUGGUGACCACGAACAAGAAAGAAACAAACAAAAAAAGGUACUGGUGAGAGAAAACAAACAAGUGGAAGUGAAGGAGAAUUGCUGCAAUUGGAAGACAAAUGGAGCGAAAGAAUAAGUGACUGUUUUACACUCAGAUUCAACUCGAUAUAAACCAGUGUUACAGUGCUCAACUCCACUCUCCCUCAUUUCCAACUUCUGAAGUACAUUGCUGGUGUAAAUUUCUGAAAAAAAAUCUGGGUUUUUUUUUGCUGUUUCCACUCCUCACUCUAACCUUCUUGUAACUUUUUUUCCUCCAUACAAGGUGGCUCGAGCAGAAAGUCGUACGAAUUGUUGAACUUUAUUCAUGACUGGACUUAUUCCCCUAAGAAAAAUCCCAGAAGUGUCACCGACUGUGUGGUUGCUAAAAGCGAACCCUUAAGCACAUUUUUGCCGGCAAGUACAAGUCCUCAUGCAUGUUUGAAGAUGAUAUUGCAUCAUCAGAAGGCUCGAGAGUGCAAUCCUCAGCCAAGCCACAUGCUGGCGGCUGCGGUCGCUGUCAGAGCCGAUGCUCCUUCAAGAACUUCUUCUGAUCUGUUGUCUUGAUGUUUUGUUAGACACUUUAGACAUUUUGCCGAGGGAUUGAUUACCCACGGGACGCUACAUCGUGACAAGGUGGAUAUAAUUCAGAGCCUAUAAUUCGGAUUGGAAGAAAGUAUGUGUGAUGGAAUAGUGUAGCUGGAAUUUAAUGGGUUGUAACAUUUAAUACAAGCCGCAGAUCUGCCAACCUUGAAGAGGAGUGAUGUGUAGACAUUUUUCAUAUAGCCAUGGAUUGUGUGUGUGUGAUGUACACAUUCACACACACACAGGGAGUUUGUUGUGUAGACACAUAGCCAUUCAUAAACACACACAUUUAUACACAACAAAAUCCGUGUGUGUACCGUGAUUAAUUAAAAAAUGUGCAUGUAAACAUUUCUAGUGUCAACAGCAUUACUAAAAGAGACAAGCAGCAGCUCCCCCCCCCCCAAGCAGUUGUUGGUUACUGUGAAAGCCUGUAUAUAGAUGCUCUAAAGUUUUUUACUACGAUAUGAGAGAACAGAGAGCUUCCAUUCCCAUUUUUAUUUAUUUAUUAAUUUGCUAUAAUUGGAAUCAACUUGGGAAUAUUUUUCUCAGGAUUUAUUUCGGGGCCAAAAGUGUGGACAGCUGACCAUCAUAUACAGACAUGUGGGUCUUUUCUCAGACUGUUGCUACAAAGUUGGUGUCUAGAAUGUCUUUGCAUACUGUAGCAUUACAGUUUCUCUUCAGUGGAACUAAGAAGCCUAAACCUGUUCCAGGAUUACAGUGCCCCUGAGUUCCAUGAAGACAUGGUGCGUUAAGGCUGGAGUGGAAGAACUCUGGUGUCCUGCACACAGUCCUGACCUCAACCCCAAUGAACACCUUUGGGAUGAACUGUGGAACACCGACUACACCCCAGACCUCCUCACCUAAUAUCAGUCCCUGACCUCACUAAUGCCCUUGUAGCUGAAUGAUCACAAACCCACACAGCCAUGCAAGCCUUCCAAGAAAAAUAAAGCUUAUUGUAAUGGUAAAGAUGGGAUAACUCCAUGAUAAUGCUCAUGAUCUUGAGAAAGUCGGGAUGUUAGGUGUGAAUAUUACUUUUGGCCAUGUAGUGUGUAUUGAUCCAUUUUGUUUCACAUUAAUAUAUUUAACAUAUGCUUUUCCCUGAGACAAAAGGUGAGAAAACUGAGUUAAGAUGAAGGCACUGAUUUUACCAAUGUGAGGUAAGAGGACGGGGCUUCUGGCAGGGUCAGUAAUGAUCGACUGUUAACAGUCUAUCAUUCCAGAUCAUUCAUUUUAUUUGGGGUGAAAAUGAAGACUCUUUUUGACUUAAUUUGGAGUGAUGGCUUUCAGGAUCGUACUCUUCUUUCUACUAAGCAAAACGUAAAGGUUGGCAGGUCUGCACUUGGCUUGUGAGUGUCUUUACUACCUUUACUUCCCUGAUCAGAACAGACAUGUCUCUGACCACAAGAAAAUAGAGCUGAUAGGUUAAUUCACUUUUCACGGCACUGCAGAAAGCAGUUAUUAAAUCACUGGCCAACAAAAUCCUAUUUUUGUGGUUGUUUUGGCUUGGCAAGGGUUUUACUUAAGUAUACGGUUUGUAACUUGUGAGUGGAAUUCUAGUUUAAUCGGCUGCAAGUGCGGGGAUAUUGCAUUAGAUAUUUUAUAUAUAUAUAUAAAAUUGUUAUUUUAAACAAAAAAGACAUUGACAUAAACUUCCAAAAUCUAGCAAAAUUGGCUUGUCAGGAGAGUUUUGAAAAAUGUUAAUCCAUGCUAGCUUUUUAUUGUUUCCUAUUCUUGAUUUAAGAGACAUUGGCAUUACUGUAGAAAAAAAAAAGAAACCUCUCUUCUUCACUUCCGUUUAAGUUGCCGAUCCUUCCCGAAAUGUUCCACGUCCACUUUUUUUUUUUUUUUAUAUAUAUAUAUAUAUAUAUAAGUGGUGAAAAAUGUGUUCUAGCCAUGUUAUAGGAUAGGAAGGGAAUACGUGUUCACUAGUGUCAAACGGCAUGCCAGAUUUAGUUGUUUAAAAGAAACUAUUUUAUAUGGAGACGCAUGUCCUGGCCUUGAAAGCAUUUUGCGUCGUGUAUUUUUGUUCAUUAUAUUGUGCGUGCUUUAAAAAAAAAAAGAAAAAAGUCUACCUAUGAGACGUAUACAAAUUAAAACAGUCUUAAAUAUGGGGAUUUUUGGUGGGAUUGUCUUUUUUUUUUUUUUUUUUUUUUUUUGGUGGGAUUGUCUAAAAGAAUGGUUUGCACUGAUAUCCUAUUCAAGCUGCUACUGCACAUCAGAAAUCUUUAAUCAGAUCAUGAGAUUUUAGUUAUCCUAUUAGAAGAAUGGCAUAUGUCUUAACUUAUUCCAGAUAAGAAAAAAAGCAAGUCUUCUUUUGUUUUCUAAAGUUUUGCUGUGUGCGUUAAUUAUCUCUGAGGUUUUCAGUUGCAGUGGAUGUUGUAUAUGUUGUAUAUGACAUCCGUGCAGGAGCCCAGUAUGUGCUACAGCUUGUGCUCGGUGGAGAUUUGUGUUGUGUCGUUAUGCAUCAACCUGCACUUAUAUAAGAGAAAGAAUUUUCAAUAAAGGACUGUAUGCUAAAUUUCGACUCAGCCUGGUUCUUUGUACCGUGGGAAACAGAUGUGACGUAAUUAUAAAUGGCAGAGUUAUAUCUUAUUUGC